AAGUUUGAAAAAACAGUCACCUCCCUCAAUAUUAGAAUUGGCAAAUUAACAUCAGAAUUGGAUAAAUUAAAUAAAGUAAAUGUCAAACAACGUGUUGUUUUUAUGAGUAGAUCAAAUCAAAUAAAUUCAAUACAAACCUUUUCUUGUUGUGAAAAUAAAUGUAUUAAUUCUAAUAUAUCCGGUGGAGUUUGCAAAAAUGGAAAUGGAUAUGUUAAUGUUUUUGGGGAUUCGACACGUUACCCAAAUGAAGUUAAAUAUGGGCUGAUUAAAUAUAACAAUAAAUUGUCUGAUGGAAAAAGUAAUAACUGGAUUUAUUUAUAUGCCCAACAUCCAUAUACAAAAGCAGCGAGUUAUGGCAGUGAUUAUACUUUAUUUUAUUUUGAAGUGAAAAUAUUUAAAGAAUUAAAUUCAGAAAUUUGUUAUGCGGGUAUUGGCUUUGAUGUUCUCGAUGCAAAAAUAUUUUUAUGUAAUUAUUCGAAUACUUGGGGAAAUCUUCAAAAAUUUGAAUGGGUAGAUGGAGAUGUUUUUGGUUUUGGCAUUGUUUUUCCUCCAAAGAAUGAUUUGAAAGCAAAGGCUUAUGUAUUUUUUACGAAAAAUGGAAAGAAAAUUGGUAACAAUAUUUUACUUAAAAAUGAUAAUGUUAAUUUAUAUCCAUUUAUUGGACUUUUGUCUUGUUCGGGUGUUAAUGAUGAUUUGGCAAGUACUUUAUGUUCUUGUUCUACUUCAACUUUUGAAGAUUCUUUAAAUCGUAUAAAAUUAUUGGAGGUUGAAAAAGACAAAACAAAUUUGGCUUUUCAAUUAAUCCUGGCUAAACUUGAUUUGUUAACAGUUAACUCGACCAAACAGAAUGUCUCUUCAAAUUAUCCAACAUUUGAAAAUCAUACAUUAAUUAAACAAUUACAAGAAUUGAAUGAGAAAAUGAGUGGAAAUGAAACAAUUUUAAAUAAUUUACAAAAAAUGCAAUUAGAAUGUUCUGAAAAUAAAAAUAAAUUGAAAAUUGAAGUUGAAAAACAAGAAGAGGAAAUUAAAAUUUUGAAAGAAAAUUUGGAAGAAAAGAAAAAUGAAUUGAAUGAAUAUAAGAAUAAAAUGUUAAAAUUGGAAGAAGAACGUGUUUUGGCUUUUGAUCAACUGUCUAAAAUUAAAGAAAAUUUUGAAAAAUCAAAAGAAGAAAAUGAAAAGAUUUUUAAAGAAAAAUUGGGAUUAUUAAAAGAAUUGGAAGAAAAUAAAUUAAAAAUUGAAAAAUAUGAAGAAGAUAAAAAAUUGGUAUUAAUUAAUUUGGCUAAAUUGAAAAAUCAGAACGAAGAGAUUUCUAAGGAAAAAACUCAGUUAUUAAAGGAAUUUAAAGAAUAUAAAAUUAAAAUGACUAAAAUUGAAGAAGUAAAUAAAUCGAAUUUAACUAAAACGGAAGAAGAUAACAAAAAAUUAACCAAAAAAUCAGAAAUUUCUGAAAAUAUUAUUUGUCAACUUCGACAAGAAAUUUCACAAAAUAAGAAGAAUUAUAAACAAGAAAUUAAGGCAAAUUUAUUUUAUUUUGAGAAAAGAAUUAUUUUAAUUAUUAAUUUUAGCAAGUUAAAGAUUUGGCAGAAAAUCGAGCUAAACAAAUUAAAACUUUAACUGAACGUAAUGAUGCUUUUAAUAAGAAUGAAUACGAAGCAGAG